CCACAUGCCGCGGAGCGGCUGGGCCCGUGAGCCAUGGCCGCUGAGCCUGCGCGUCCGGAGCCUGUGCUCCGCAACGGGAGAGGCCACGGCAGAGGGAGGCCCGCAUACCACAAAAAAAAAAAAUAAUAAUAAUAAUAAUAAUAAUAAUUUAUGGUAACUCCAUGAAAUGGAAUACCACUCAAUAAAAUGAAUGUUGAUUUUCUUUUCUCUAAACGAAACUUCCUUCGGCCACUACGCAUGGGCCCUCUACAAGAGGGAAAGUCCAAUAGCCUCAAGUCUCACGAGGAGCAUUUUCCAGGGCCUUUGGUGGCCUCUGGGGGAGGACGACUUUAAACAAAGUCCCUGACUGGGGCGGGUGCUCUGUCCAAGUCCACUGCCUCUGUCCUGCCGGUCAAACCCACUGUGCCCCGGCCAGCGCGGGGCUGAGGGUUAAGGUCUGGAGACAAGUCCUAAGUCAGGCAGGAAUGAACUAUUUCAGGAAAGUGUCUCCCACACGGCACUGCUGGAGCCGGGGCAGCCCCUGUGCUGCUGCCCAGCAGAGAAGUUUUGUGACCGCCCCUCUGGGGUUGACGCAUUCUUCUCUGUGUUUGGCUUCUAUCUGGGGCAGAGGCAUGUUGCAGUUUACAAAGCACUGGGGGUGUUCCAGGGGCACCCAACCGGAGUUUCCAACUUGCAUAAACUGAGCAGAACCUGAGCCCGGAAUGAGGCCGGGAUGUGCCGCAGGAGUCCGCUCUGCCCGGGCAUUUGGCCCCCAUGAAGCUGUGAUCCGAGACGUAGCUCCCCUCCCCCUUCCCGCAUCCCUCUGAGACGAUCAGCGCACACCAGCCUCUUCAACUGGGCACAGCGCCCCAGAACUCAGGACACGCUGGCACCACCUGUGUCUUCGCCCCCACGUAAUAAAAUUGGUUGAAGAGCCUACGGGACUUUGGGACCAGUGCCCUCUGGAGAGCUUUCAUACAUCAGCUCCACCCCGGCAAAGAGGAAACUGCCAAGUAGGAGACAGGGAACGAAGUCCUAUCACUGGGUGAAAGGAGACUGAGUCUGCAGCGGCGGAGCAGAGAGGCCAGUCACCCAAGGGAAGCUCCACUGAGAGCCGGGCUACCAUGGACACCCUGGUCCGACUCCUGCAGCUGUUGGUGCUGCUCCUGACCCUGCCCCUGCACCUCAUGGCUCUGCUGGGCUUCUGGGAGCCCCUGUGCAAGACCUACUUCCCCUACCUGAUGGCCGUGCUGACAGUCAAGUGCAACCACAAGAUGGACAGCAAGAAACAGGAGCUCUUCAGCCAGAUAAAGGGGCUGGCAGGAGCCUCGGGGAAGGUGGCCCUGCUGGAGCUGGGCUGUGGCACUGGCGCCAACUUCCAGUUCUACCCAUCUGGCUGCAGGAUCACCUGCCUGGACCCGAACCCCCACUUUGAGAAGUUCCUGACAAAGAGUAUGGCCAAGAACAGGCAUCUUGAGUAUGAACGGUUUGUGGUGGCUUUCGGAGAGGACAUGAGACAGCUGGCCAAUGGCUCCAUGGACGUGGUGGUCAGCACCUUGGUGCUCUGCUCGGUGCAGAGCCCAAAGAGGGUCCUGCAGGAAGUUCAGAGAGUACUGAGGCCGGGAGGAAUGUUUUUUUUCUGGGAGCACGUGGCUGAGCCGCGUGGAAGCUGGGCCUUCCUGUGGCAGCAGGUUUUAGAGCCCACCUGGAAACACAUUGGAGACGGCUGCUGCCUCACCAGAGAGACCUGGAAAGAUCUGGAGGAUGCCCAGUUCUCUGAACUCCAAAUGGAACGACACCCCCCUCUCAUCAAGUGGUUACCUGUUGGGCCCCAUAUCAUGGGAAAGGCGGUGAAAUAAGCCCCUCCUUCUUCCACCUCUGCGGGGGAAACCUCUAACUUCAACCCUUCCUUGUGCAGUGAAAAAGCUCUAUUCCCAUCCUGACUACGGGGACGAAACAUUUACACCCUGUCACACCCUUAACUGCAAAUUCCUGGACUGGGUCUCCCAAGUUUUGCCCACUCCCCAUAGGACAGCUCCCCGUCCCUUCCCCAUGUUCCCCCCACUUCUGAGACCACAC